UGAGUAACCUCCACCAUACCCUCGACCCGUUGAACUCUUAUGCUAACAAUGAUACAGUUUUGGCUUAGAUCAAGUGUAGUAUCUGUUCUUUUCAGUUUAAUCUCUGAAAGAGUUCUACUUGAACUCAAUCGUGAUUAUUCUAAUUUUUGUACCGAGGGGGCGCAUCCUCUGGGCUUGCCCAUGAUCGCUCCCACCGUGUCCCUGGUAUUACACUGCCUCCAGACAUUUGGGAAAGUAAAAUCAUGCAUGAGACCAAUAAGAAAGGCACCCGAAACAACCCCAUUCUUAGAUUGACUUGAACGGGAAUUCCAGAAUAAGAGAUCUCGAUUGCAUGCAAAAUGCACGUCACUGAUGAUAUCGCCUAUUCAAGUGGAGGAAUAGAAUGCUGAUGUUGGUCCACACCGAACAAAUAUGGUAAAAAACGGAGGAGAGAAAAGCAACUCAUCCGAAAAGGAG